AUGCAGCACCAUCCCCACCACGCCCAGCAGGGUCCCCCUCCACAUCAACUGCAACAACCGCGACCCUCGAGCAUAGUCCAUCAACAGCACCACCAAGGACCCCCUCCGCCUCAGCCGCAGCAUCCAAACGCCUACGCUCCUUCGCAUCACGGUCUGUCGCAAUAUCCGCAGAGCGCCCCGGGCCCAGCUGGACAACAUCCCCAGGAUCUUCCAUAUUACCCUGCGCACCCGAGUCCAUACAGUACACCAAGCGCGUCGGGCGCAUAUUCAUCUGGAGAAACCCCCGACAUAAUGGCGGCCGCUCAAAUGUCGCGACCAUACCCCCCAAUCUCAUACCACACUCCUCAGUCGAACUCACCAGCGUCUGUGGCGUCUCCUUCAGGACAUGAACAACACCGCAUGUAUGGCGCCCCGCCAUCUCAAUUACAACAGAACCCACAAAUGUAUUACGCGGGACCGCAACAGCAGUACCCCCCAAUGCCACCCCAAGCUGCGCCUUCUCCAUAUGCCCAGCACCCCCAACAGCAUCCACAACAGCACCCGCAACAUCAACAAUCGAUGACCUCUCAACCGAAUCUUCUCAUGUCGCAUCCAUCUGCGCAACACCAGAUGCAGCACCCAAGUCAGCACCCACAACAGGGAAUGACGGGAAGCCCAAGACCAAAGAUGGAGCCACACGUACCACAGAUCACGCGCCCCGCGCAACCUCUGGGUCCUCCCCAACACCAACCGAACGGACCACCGAUGCAGCAGAAUAACGUUCCCGGGAGCGCGCCCGGUGUCAACCCAAACGCAGCACCGGGCCCGAUCCCAGCGACUACGCCCUUGGUCGUCCGACAAGACAACAAUGGAGUUCAGUGGAUCGCGUUCGAAUAUUCGCGGGAUCGCGUGAAGAUGGAAUACACCAUCCGAUGCGACGUGGAAUCGGUCAAUGUUGACACGCUGAGCCCCGACUUCAAGACCGAGAACUGCGUGUACCCGAGAGCGUGCUGUAGCAAGGACCAGUACCGAGGCAACCGAUUGGUGUACGAGACCGAGUGCAACACGGUUGGUUGGGCGCUGGCAGAGUUGAACCCUUGUCUCCGUGGCAAGCGAGGACUGAUUCAGCGAGCCGUCGAUAGCUGGAGGAAUAGCAACCAGGACCCGCGAUUGCGAAGUCGACGUGUGAGGAGGAUGGCCAAGAUCAGCAACCGUAAGGCGGUCCAGACGGCGUCGCACAACCCACACAUGGCUGGCCCCAGUGGCCCGACAGGGAUGCCACCAUCUGGGAACAUGGGCCCCACAGCCGGGGCCCCAAGCAUGGGUAAGCCAACCCUGGGCGGGAUGGGUCCGCAACUCCACCAUCACCACAACCACCCGGACGGGAGCACUCAAGGAGGGGAUGAUGUCGGUGACGAGGCAUAUGCCGACGAGCACCAUCACCCAAGCGCCCAUGGCCCGCCAGAUGAUGUUCGACAGAGUCACGUCUUCCCUGGCUACUCCGGGAGCUAUCCCCCCAACCCACCUGUAGGCGGGGCCUCGAUCGCUCCGACAAUGCACGAUGCUAGAGCGCCGAUGUCUCACGGCUCCAACCCCAUCGCCGCACGGUCAAAGUCCGAGGAGGACGACCGCCUCUCGCUGUUCGGUGACAUCCCCGAAUCAAAACGGCGCAAGUUCAUCAUCGUCGACGACCCGGCCAAGAUGCAAAGGGUGCGCGUGCGUGUCACUCUCGACACGGUCGACAUCAACGAGAUCCCCGACUCCUUCCGCAAGAGCAACUCUGUGUACCCGCGCUCAUGGUUUCCCAUGCAGAUGCAGGACCCGCCGCCAUCGGCACACGGGUCCCGCUUCUUCGAGGACGACGAUCCGGAUGAUGAGGAUACCGGACGCGCGAGGCGAGGGCGUACCAUGGUACAGGUCCCACUCGCGGAUGGUGGGGAGGCUGAGGUCGCGGCCCCACGGAUGAGGAAGAGUAUACGGGGGAAGGAGGUCAAGAUCAAUGAAUUGGGGUAUCGUAUGGCGUGGCAUCAGAGCCGCGUUUUUAAUGAGAAAUCGGUCUUCCUGCAGAAAGCUUUGGACCUCUACCGCAUCAAGAUGCGCUCGUCGAUGGAGCAGGCCGGGCAAGACCCGAGCAAGACGCCACACUUCGAGACACGGGUCGGCAAGAGGCGGUGGAAUGAGCGCACGAGCAGGAAGGAGCGGAAGGAGGGAGAUGCAUGA